AUGUUCAAUUAUCAAGCAGGACAUCAAAAUUCAGUGGAAUCAUAUGAUUAUAGACAUUUUGAGUCAACUUCUUUUUACAGCAGUGAGUUAUCAAACGUUCAAAAUGGCAAUGAGGCAAGUGCUCAGAUUGAUGGAGUCAUUUUAACCUACGUAUAUCCGAUUAUUUUCAUUUUUGGUGUCCUAGGAAAUAUUCUUUCCCUGUCGGUUCUGCUUCGUAAAAAUAUGCGCAAGAAAUCCAUGUCUUCGUAUUUGUCUGUAUUGUCCAUGUUCGAUACGUUAUCAUUAACGUGCUGGUGCUUAAUUCCAUAUAUUGAAUAUGGAAACAAAUUUCGUCUAAUAGAUUGGUCGAUUUUGACAUGUAAAGGAUCAUGGUUUGUUAACUACGCUGUGGGUGAUCUAUCAGUUUGGUUGGUAGUGGCUGUUACGGUAGAAAGGUUCAUCGCUGUUUGUUAUCCACUGAAGGCUGCAUUCAUGUGUCGGAAGAAGGUAGCUCUGAAGGUUGGCUCAAUGGCUGUUUCGCUUUUAAUUUGUUUGUUUAUUCAUUCAUUAAAACAUUUAUUUAACUAUUAA